GAGCUGUGUACAAAAAAAAAAAAAAAGGGCCAGGCAAGAUUUUGUAACAACAUACACUAAUCUAGUUUACAUAGACUAGGCUGGGUGAGGAAAAUGACGAUCUAUACACCUUCACAAGUUGAAAAGAAACCCGAAAAGGGUUCAACGGAACCAGAGGUGGUCACGGAACCACUAACAAGCUUUAAAGAUGAAGAAGACGGAGUGGACAUGAGUGCUAGACCUCCUUUAGUGAACUACUUUCAAAAGAGGCGUCGCACCUUCUGCAUCCAUUUGCUGUUGACCAUCUUUAUCCUGGUCAUCUUAGCCUGUGGAGCCAUAGGGGCUGUGGUCUUUUACAGACACCUCAACAAAAAGGUCUACACUGGAGUGUGUGGCAAUUUCUAUAUUGGUGGUGACGACACUCUGAACGAGCCCCAGAAAUUUGUUCAGGAAGAAGUGAAAGUCACAGGCCAACUUGAAGAACUGCAAGUACCAAGAUUUGAAGAAGUGAAGCCUAAUGUGGUCUUGCAUGAUUUCUACAGGAACUACACUACCAUUGUUGACGCCGAGAGUCACAACUGCUAUGUGAUGAAACUUAAUCGAUCACUAAUUGCUCCACCCAAAGAUUUAAUUGAUCUUAUGGAAAAAUUAAUGGGUGGUUAUUACCAGACUAAAGCUAAAGUCAUCCGAGAGAACUACAGGCCAGUGUUGCCUGCUGUGAAUGACCCGAUUAUCUUUGGUUCAGACAUCAACUCCAGGUGCUACAAAUACAAUACCUACAGACUUGAGAAAUAUGUACCUGGAGUUGUGAAGCGCUCCAUCAAAGAAAUCACAGAGGACAUCAGCACCUAUGCUGUCCUGUCCCACAACCUGGACAACCCUAUCCUCAUGAAGGUUGUGGUCCACGAGAUAAAGGAGACUCUUGUUGAUCAAGCAGCGUAAGAGACAAGACAGUACAAGACACUUUUCUAACUGCAAGACACAUGUCACAAAAACCUUUUUUUUGGAUAAUAAUCUUAAUGAAGAGUCUGAAAGAAAACAUUCCCAAACAAAAAAAGGCAACAAAAAAAAAUUGCUUGUUCUUAGAUCUCUUAAAAAUUAAACACAAAAAAAAAGUUAGUUGUCAAAAAUAGCAGUGUUACAGUAAUCUGCCUAUUUAUCCUUUGUACCAGUUUGUACAUUUUCUAAAAUAAAAUGCUGCUUUUUAUUUACUAUAAAUUAUGACAUAAACCUUGUUUUAUUUUUGUGUGCACAUGCUCUGACUCUCUUGGUAGUCACUGCAAAAGUCAUAAGCAGCGUUCUGUAAAUAGAUUCAUUACUACAAGAUAACAUUGUGUACUCUACAGUUUCAAUAUAACUUUUAGAUGUCUGUAUUACUAGUUCAUUCAUGUUGCUUAAUGUAUUGUCAUAAAUGGAUUUCAUUUCUCAGCAUCCUAAAAUUGCUUUAUGCUAGAGAAUAUUUGUAGUUUUGUAGGGAUUUUUUGACACUGGUUUUGAUGUCAUGUUACACACUGUUCUGAUACAAUUGUAUGCACUUUGAGAACUAAUCCAUAAAAAUGGAUGAUUUUGAAGGUAUUAAAAAAACAACUAAAAAUGGAGUAUCAUUACAGCUAUUUGGUCAAGAAAAGAAAAGAUCUAGCAUGCGUCUUUUUAUGGGAUUUUAAAAAAUGAUAAAUCCUUACAUUUGCAAAGGCUUGAAGAGGGAGAAUUUCCUGUAAAUUACAUCUUUGAGGCAUCUUAAGUAUAAAUUGCUUACAGCAGGAUGAUUUUUAAAAGUCAAAAACUUAUUUAUUUGAAUAUUUUUAAUAUUGACAAAAUUUCCGUAGUCUCAUUCUGACAGGCUGUAUAGUAUUGUAAUGAAAUUAAUUGAUUUUGAUAGCAAUCUGGUGUAAAAAUAAAAUAAGGGAAGUAACUCAAAGUUGUUUAAAAAAAAGGGAAGUACCAUAUGUGCUUGUACCUGUAUGGUAUUUUGACUUUCUAAUUUAUUAAAAUUUGUAUGUGUAUUUCUUAUUUAGUUGCUUAAUCUAUGCAUAAUGCAUCAUAGGCUUCGGCUGGGUUAAAAGUUGCCUCUCUAUGUUGUUUUGGUUGUUGUUUUCUUUGUUUUUUUUAAAGAUUUUUUUUGUCAAUGCUGUUAUUUGAGGAUAUUUUGAUCACUCAGAAAUAAUGACUCCUUGAAGCAAGCUUUUAUGUUUUUAUAUGCAAGGAAAAUAACUCAGUAGUAGAUGCACUCUCUGACAUAGACUUAAAGAGUUACACUCACACAAUGUUUUUAAUAACAAUAAUGAUGGUUACUGCAGGGGCUGCCGCAUUGCACUUCAUCCAUUUCACUUGAAAAUUUUUUAUUUUUAUUUUUAAUUGGCCAUUAACACUCUGCUUGACAUUUACCUCUAAAUAUUUUCUUCUGAACAAAUAAAUGGAAAACUAGUCAGUGAAUGGUGAACUACAAAGACAUUUAAGUAAUAAAUGUUGAACUUGGCUAGAUUUACCUCUGUGUGUGAGUUUCCCUACAUCAUCAUAGUCUAAGAAUUGUUUUUUUAAAGUCAUACUAUCAAUUUUUCUUAGUCACAAGGUGGAUAGGGAGGUCCAAACACAAGUUAGAAACUAAACUGUGGAUAGGGAGGUCCAAACACAAGUUAGAAACUAAACUGUGGAAUGGAAUCUUUUAUUUUUUUAGAUAAAGCUUUUUAUGCAUAGUACGGUUGGUUAGCAAGGCUGCUGCUGUAACAAUGCAAAUGUAGUGGGUUUGAGUCCCCAUUCUGGCCAGUUUUUUGUCUCCUUGUCUUUUCAUUGACAAAUACAAAUCUGAAUGUUUUGUUGACUAAAAUUGUUGAACAGAACAGUAGACAUUGAUUUCUAAAACAUUUUAUUUUUCUUGUUUAAUCAUAUUUGCAGCAAACAUUUUUCUUCAAAUUUUAAUUAGUUUAAAUUUGUUUUGGACUUUCUGACAUUUUCAUGUAUGGCCAAAUGCACAAAUCUUGCAAUGAAAUCAAAAGUUUUCUCCUUCACAGCAAAAGAGUUACAUCAGUUUCACUGCAUUAUUUUAGGUUUUGUUUUGUGUUGUAGAUUAACCCCAAAAACAUUCACAAACUUUCUGUCCUUGCAUACAUUAAAACAAAUUCAUUUCAGAGUGUUGUUCUCCUCCUCACACAUUUAACUUUGUGUGUGUUUGGUGGCCAUAAACAAAAAAAAAGUGUAUUUUAUUUUUUGUUAUGUGACCUUCAGGUUUUUUUUUUGUUCAGUAUUGACAUGAAGUCAGUAUCAGGCUGUUCAUUCCAAUACUACUUGGUUCUUUGUAGGUACUGCCCCUUUUGUUUUUCUUGCCAUCUGAAAGCAGUGAGUCCCUCAAUUCUCGGUCAGCUUUGUCUUGUAUGUUAGACUUUUAAUAUGUGAAAUGAAAAGACUUGCACCUAGAGAGGAAAACUUCAUUGUUUCAAGUUUUCUAAACUUUUUGUCAUUUUGUAAGGCUCGGGAUGACAUAUUUAUUAUUAUUCUUGUUUAUGAUUUUUUUUUAGUCCAUUGUUUUUGUUUAUAUUUUACCACUUUUCUUACCUCCCUUAGUUCUAAGAUUGAUGUAAGGAAACUAUUGAACUUUAAUUGUGUGUUUGUGUGCGGAAUAGUGGAUACAUUUUGUAUUGAAAAUUCGUUCCCAAUUUCAAGCUCAGCAGAUUAGAAAGUCUUUUAGCUUUAUAUAAAAAAAUUAUGUUUGUUCUCCUUAUCUACUUGAUUGUGAUGGUAAAGCCAUGUGUAGACUUGUUCAUCACACAAAUAGGAGUGCCCAGAAAUGUCAUAUGAUUGUCACCAUUGGGCUCAAAUUCUUUUGAAAAGAUAUCUUUAUUUUUUUUUUAAUUUAAUAAUUAAACAAAUUAAAAUACGUGUUUCAAUAGUUAAAUAUUUUUAUAUUUAUUUUGGUAUUAAAAACUUAAGCAGUUGAGAGCAUUUUUUGCAUAUUUAGGCUUUGGGUUUUUCUAUUCAGUGUUACUGUACGGAUUGUCAUGAAGCACACAGAGUCAAUGUUUAUUGUAUACAAUCUAUGUUUUGUUACUUAACUAUCCUCCUUUUUAAAAUUUUGUUUUUAUCUUAUUAACAAUCCGUUUACUCUCUUAUCUAUUAAGUUUGUUUUUUCUUUAUGUUAUUGGUUACAAUGUACUGCAGAGUUUCUCAACAUUUUUCAGCCCCCAAAGUGUACCCCAUGAGUAUACAUAUUUAGGCUAUUUUUUUCUUUUUAGUUUUUGUCUGUGGAAUUGAAAGACAACAGUAUAAGAGAGUCAAUAUUUGUUGUAUACAUUCUAUGUGUUUUACAACUGUCUUCUUUUUUUUUCCCCUUCUAAAUGUAGCCUGUUAACACUCUGUUCACUCUCUUAUCUAUUAAGUUAGUUUUUUUAUUUCUACAUGUUAUUGGUUGCAAUGUACUGCAAAGUUUCUCAACAUCUUCAGCCCCGAGAGGUACCCCAUGAGUAUAGAUUUGAAUUGCAAGGAUUAGGAAAUGGCGCUGGACUGGGUGGCAAGAAUACAUGGCUUCUAGUUGUAUCUUCUUGAUGUUAAUGAACUCAAUUGUUAUUUUCAUCACUGGCUUGUCAAAUAGCACCUGCUUUGAUUUCAUACUCUAAUGGUGUCAAAGGUCAGAAAUAGAGGGGAAAAAAUGUCUCAAGUACAUAUACAUUACUGUUUCUUGGAGUCGUUACAUUUUUUUAAAAACUAAUUUUGUUUAUUCAUCUAAAUGACCCCCCCCAAAAAAGUUGUUGAAAUAUGAACAAAAAUGUUUCUGAAAAAAAAAAUGUUUUGGCUGUAAAUACAAUAUCUUAUAAACUAAGAAUUAAAUUGUGUUUUUGAA